AUGAGUGGAGGAACAACGUCGUACACAGUGGAAACCGUCAAGACGUCGCCGUUUGACGGACAGAAACCGGGAACCAGCGGUUUGAGGAAAGCGGUGACGGUGUUCCAGCAAGCCCACUACACGGAGAACUUUGUACAAGCCGGUCUGUGGGCUGGACUUGGCGACAAGUUAAAGGGCUCUGUGCUGCUUGUCGGCGGAGAUGGGCGCUUCUUUUGUGAGGAGGCGGCACACUUAAUCAUCAGAAUUGCAGCUGGGAAUGGGGUCUCCAAAAUUGUGAUCGGCAAAAAAGCCAUCUUGUCAACUCCAGCCUGCUCCCACAUUAUUCGCAAAUAUAAACUCAGUGGAGGAUUUCUGUUGACAGCCAGUCACAACCCAGGAGGACCUGAUGGCGACUUUGGGAUCAAGUAUAAUACUGAUAAUGGAGGUCCAGCCCCCGAGGGUGUUACUAACAAGAUUUAUGAGCUGACUAAAACAAUAAAAGAGUACAAGAUUGUUUCAAACUUGAAAGUGGACAUUGGUCAGCUGGGGACCUCCAAGUUUACCGUCGGUGGAGAGCCGUUUGUGGUGGAAGUUAUUGACAACACUGCUGAUUAUGUGGAGUUUAUGAAGCAGAUUUUUGAUUUUCCAGCCAUCAAAACUUUUUUACAGACCAAGAGAGUUCUCUUGAAUGCAAUGAAUGGAGUCACGGGACCAUACCUGCGGAAAAUCUUUGUGGAAGAAAUGGGCUUGCCUUCUGAUUCCUGUCUCAACUGUGAAAUUCUGCCAGACUUUGGAGGCAAGCAUCCGGACCCGAACCUGACUUACGCCAAAGACCUGGUGGACAUCAUGAAGGCCGGUCAGCACGACUUUGCCGCUGCCUUUGAUGGCGAUGGUGAUCGUAACAUGAUUCUGGGUCACAGAGCUUUCUUUGUGACUCCGUGUGAUUCCCUGGCCGUGCUUGCAGCUAACCUGGAGAGCAUCCCAUACUUCAGACAGAAUGGGGUCAAAGGGUUUGCCAGGAGCAUGCCCACAUCUGAAGCUGUUGAUAAAGUAGCACAACGUCUAGGCAAGGAUUGCUACCAAACCCCAACUGGCUGGAAGUUCUUUGGCAACCUGAUGGAUGCAGACAAGAUCAGUCUGUGUGGAGAGGAGAGUUUUGGAACUGGCUCUACGCACAUCAGGGAGAAAGAUGGUGUCUGGGCAGCUCUAGCCUGGCUGUCCGUGCUGGCCAGCACCAAGAAGACAGUGCAGGAUGUUCUCUUGGAUCACUGGAACAUUUAUGGACGAAACUUCUUUACCAGAUAUGAUUAUGAGAAUGUGUCAUCGGAGGCAGGAGAGAAGCUGAUAGCAGGGCUGGAGGCUUUCAUCAAGAACCCAAACAGCAAAGGCACCACCCUGACUGCCCCGACAGGUCAGAAGUACAAGGUUGCAGUGGCCGACAACUUUGAAUACACAGACCCUAUUGAUGGCAGCGUUAGCAAGAACCAGGGCAUUCGUAUUCUGUUUGAAGGCGGUUCCAGACUUAUUUUCCGAUUGAGUGGCACUGGCAGCUCAGGGGCGACAAUCCGUGUCUAUGUGGAGGAGUAUGUGAAAAGUGACAAUCCAAGUGCGUACGAACAGGAUGCACAGGCAGCACUGGGCCCACUUGUGGCCAUCGCCCUCCAGGUGUCCAAACUGAGGGAGCUGACCGGCAGAGACCAGCCGACAGUCAUCACAUAA